GUGCAGAGAAAACAAACAGAUUUAUUUGACAUUGGUGAUCCAAUGUGAUAAUUUUAGAGGAAAGAAAAAAACCCAAAUCUUUUCACAGAAUGGACAGGAAGAAAACUUUUCUAAGCUACAAAGAAGACCUCUUUUGUUUCUGGAAAAUUAAUAGAUAAGGCCCAUAUUGAUUUAUACUGGCAAAAUGUUUGACUUCUGAGGGUAAAGAACAACCCUUGCAAGCACCAAGCAAACUGCUGACCUUAAACAGACAAACCCAGCUUUGCAUUUUCAGUGCCAGAAGACAAUGAAAUAAAGACAACAGUUUUGAGGGGGAAAGCUUGAGACUCAAGAAUCUUAUAAACAGGAAAUCACUACAAAGGCAUUCUCACCUAAGGCAAAGGCUUAGGAAAUACAACAUUCCAGAGUCCUCCCUGAAAUCACCAGUCAUGUGAGAGAUGGGUCCAAAUGAGGAACAGAAAAAUUAGAGCACAAAAAACCGGCAGUGACAUUGAAACCAAUUAAACAGAGUUGGCAAAAGCCAAAAACAAGAAUUGAAAAAGAAUGUUGUGGCUUAAAAAAAAAGUGUAAACAAAAGUUAGGUCUGUCGUCCUGAUUAAGUGGACAAAUAUAAGUAGUGAGGGCGGCAGGUAGGAGGCAGAAAAGCACACUAAAUUUCUCAUGACAUAAAGGGGAAUAUAAAAACGAAUUAUUUGUCACUGACUUUACUAAUUUGUGAAAUGUAAACUAUUUUCAUUUGAUAAAUUUAAAGGCAGCCGCGAGAAGAAUUAAGAAUACUUUCUGCCUUGAAAAUCACGAUAGAAGAUAAAAGCAAAUGUGGGAAAAUUCAGAAAACAGGAAUAAAUAAAAACUAUAGAAUACGAAGUCAUAAGACCAAACACAACACCUAUAAACAGCAGAGACGUAAUGCGUUAAAUCCCAGCCAGAGCAGAGGCGCUGCAGUUCUUAGGACAGACCCCGGUGCCUCCAGGCUUUUGCUAGUGCUCAACUCUCGGCUAGGCUUGCCUCCCCACCCUAUUCAAGGCUGAGGCCUCAAUUCAAGGUCGACUCCUCAAUUCUAGGCCGACUCCCUCCUCCCGGCAGUUCUCCCCGGCCGCCCUAGGCUAAGUGAGCACUCCCCACAGUGAACGCUGCCCGCGCGGGCGAGGCCGGCGCUCUGGGUCCGGUACGAAGUCCCACCUCACUCCCUCUCACCCCGCGUUACAGCGUGUGGUCUAGAGCCACGCGUUACGCCAGGCGCGGGGCAUAGGGUGAAAGCGUUCAAUCCUGCUGGAGUGUAAUGUGUAUUUUUUCCCCGUCGCACCUUCCAGACGGCGAUCCAGUGUGAGCAGCAAGUUUCAAAUCGUCUCCGUUUGGUCACGAACGGAGUUUACUGCCCCUCGACGCCUCCUGCACGACAGCCCGUGGUCCUCGCGCCCGGGCGGGUCGUUUCUCGGCCGGGUGGAUCCACCCGCGACGGCUCGUCCCGACCCCACCUAGCGGACUUGCAAGGUCUCAGGGCGUCCGCUGGGAGGCCGCGUCCCGAAUAGCUGGCGCGGGAGAGGAAUGGGGCUCGGGGCUCGGAGUCGGGAGCCCAUUCCCCCAAGCAAGAGGGGCUCCUCCUCCUCUUCCUAGACGUGGGAUUCAGGGAGGGCGCGGUUCCAUUGGAUUUGUUGCAGAGGAACGACUGGGCCUGAGCCCAAGCCCAAGGGCCUGAGGGGUAACGAGCGAAGAGCGGAGGGGCUUGUGGCGGACUUGCUGCGCCCUAGAGAGGGUGAGGCGGAGGGGGUCCCAUGCGCGGGCGGGGCGCAGCGACGAAGGGGUUAAGGCGCCUCACCCCGCCCCAGCCCGGGCAUUGGCUGCCCCGGGGGGCGUGGCCGGAGGGCGGGCUCGCGUUUGCCGCAGCCGCUGGUGGGCGGGGCUCGGGCGGCGAGCAGGAGGGGCGCGGAGCGGAGCCGGGCCCGCGCCGCGCGCCCCGCCGGGCGUGCUUCGGGCUGCGCCAGCAAGCCGGGCCGGUGGCGCCCGUGUCGGAGACCCCGCGCGGGACCGAGGCAGCGAGUAAGAGAAAACUGCAGUCCAGGAUGGCUCAGUCGGCCCCUCCAAAGUCGCGCAGCUGGUUCGGGCCGAGCCCCGACUGCGAGAGUGAGGCACAUGGCCCCUGCAGACCGGGCCUCGGAGGGUCCCAGGCUUGAGGACCCGUCAGCCCCUCAACCCCUUGGAAAGGCAAGGAGAGAAGCCUGCGCUGGUAGUGAGCUUCCACUUCUGCCCUGACUGCAACACCUUAGUGCCCCCCUGGCUUAGUCAUGGCGAAGCUGGAGACGCUGCCUGUGCGCGCUGACCCAGGGCGGGAUCCUCUCCUGGCCUUUGCCCCACGGCCCUCCGAGCUUGGACCCCCGGACCCCCGCCUGGCCAUGGGCAGUGUGGGCAGUGGGGUGGCCCAUGCCCAGGAGUUUGCCAUGAAGAGCGUGGGUACCCGCACAGGGGGUGGGGGCAGCCAGGGCAGUUUCCCUGGCCCCCGAGGCAGUGGCAGUGGGGCCAGCAGGGAGAGGCCGGGCCGCUACCCCUCAGAGGACAAGGGUCUCGCCAACUCCCUCUACCUCAAUGGCGAGCUGCGGGGCAGUGACCACACCGAUGUCUGUGGCAACGUGGUUGGCAGCAGCGGUGGCAGCAGCAGCAGUGGUGGCAGUGACAAAGCCCCACCACAGUAUCGUGAGCCCAGCCACCCACCCAAGCUCCUGGCCACCUCUGGCAAGCUAGACCAGUGCUCAGAACCACUAGUUCGGCCAUCGGCCUUCAAGCCUGUCGUACCCAAGAAUUUCCACUCCAUGCAGAAUUUGUGCCCCCCGCAGACCAAUGGGACUCCUGAGGGACGGCAGGGCCCUAGUGGCCUCAAAGGCGGACUGGACAAGUCUCGGACCAUGACUCCAGCGGGUGGGAGUGGGAGUGGCCUCUCAGACUCAGGCCGGAACUCCCUCACAAGCCUGCCCACCUACAGCUCCAGCUACAGCCAGCACCUGGCACCCCUCAGUGCCUCCACCAGCCACAUUAACCGCAUUGGUACUGCCAGCUAUGGUAGUGGUAGUGGCGGCAGCAGCGGUGGGGGGUCAGGCUACCAGGACCUGGGGACCUCCGAUAGUGGACGGGCCUCCAGCAAGAGUGGGUCGUCGUCAUCUAUGGGGCGGCCAGGCCACCUGGGCUCUGGGGAGGGCGGAGGUGGAGGCCUGCCUUUCGCGGCCUGCUCACCGCCCUCCCCCAGUGCACUCAUCCAGGAGCUGGAGGAGCGGCUGUGGGAGAAGGAGCAGGAGGUGGCAGCUCUGCGGCGCAGCCUGGAGCAGAGCGAGGCGGCUGUGGCCCAGGUACUGGAGGAGCGGCAGAAAGCGUGGGAGCGGGAGCUGGCCGAGUUGCGGCAGGGCUGCAGCGGGAAGCUACAGCAGGUGGCCCGACGUGCCCAGCGCGCCCAGCAGGGCCUACAGCUGCAGGUGCUGCGGCUGCAGCAGGACAAGAAGCAGCUGCAGGAGGAGGCGGCCCGGCUGAUGCGGCAGCGGGAAGAGCUGGAGGACAAGGUGGCCGCCUGCCAGAAGGAGCAGGCCGACUUCCUGCCCCGGAUGGAGGAAACUAAGUGGGAGGUGUGCCAGAAGGCUGGCGAGAUCUCCCUCCUGAAGCAGCAGCUGAAGGACUCGCAGGCGGAUGUGUCGCAGAAGUUGAGUGAGAUCGUGGGACUGCGCUCGCAGCUGCGGGAGGGCCGGGCCUCGCUGCGGGAGAAGGAGGAGCAGCUGCUCAGCCUGCGGGACUCCUUCAGCAGCAAGCAGGCCAGCCUGGAGCUGGGCGAAGGCGAGCUGCCUGCCGCCUGCCUCAAGCCGGCGCUGACCCCCGUGGACCCGGCCGAACCACAGGAUGCUCUGGCCACCUGCGAGAGCGACGAGGCUAAGAUGCGCCGUCAGGCCGGGGUGGCCGCUGCCGCCUCCUUGGUUUCCGUGGACGGGGAGGCGGAGGCUGGCGGGGAGAGCGGGACGCGGGCCCUGCGGCGGGAGGUGGGGCGGCUGCAGGCCGAGCUGGCGGCUGAGCGGCGGGCCCGGGAGCGCCAGGGUGCCAGCUUCGCCGAGGAGCGCCGCGUGUGGCUGGAGGAGAAGGAGAAGGUGAUUGAGUACCAGAAGCAGCUGCAGCUGAGCUACGUGGAGAUGUACCAGCGCAACCAGCAGCUAGAGCGCCGGCUGCGGGAGCGCGGGGCCGCAGGGGGUGCAAGCACGCCCACUCCCCAGCAUGGCGAGGAGAAGAAGGCCUGGACCCCCUCCCGCCUCGAGCGCAUUGAGUCCACAGAAAUCUGAUCGACCUGGGCACUCGGCAUUUUGACACAUGUCCUGUCAAAAGGCCAGAGUCCCCAGUGUCCCCUCCCCUCCAUCUCUCUUCCCCAUAGACCCCAUAUCCCCAGACCAAAGAGGUUCUCUAAGCAGCUGUGACCAGGUUCCUCCCUCCCCACCUGCCCUCCUAGCUCCAGCUCUGCCCCUGUGGCAGCCCACUUGGACCCUUCUAAAAGCAGGGAAUAGGAGGAGGGCAGGGUGAGUGGGGGCAAUCCUAGGUGGUGGGGGAGUCAUGUUCCCUUUCUUGGCACCCCCUUGUUGGAGAUGGAGGCAGCAGACCUGCAGUGCCAUAAGGUGCCCCAGUCCUUCUGGGGGUCUGGGCUGCUACUGUUGGCCACCCUGUGUCUAGUGAUGCUCUCUGCGCUCACCUCCUAGGCCAUGGAGCCUGAGGGGGCCUGCACCAGGUUUGCUGAAACUGACAGAGCCUGGGCUCCAGACCGCUCUCCCUCCUACAGUGCUCUCCCUCCCUGGGAAGAUUGGCAGGACAAGUGGGAGCAGAUGGCCUGCCUUUGGUUGAGAGGGCUACCUGCCCAGCCCCUCCCCCCACAAGAUCUCUUGGGCUCAGGCCUCAGAGCCUGGCCUGGUCAUGAGUGUGUGUCCCUGUGUGUGUGUUGCGGGAGGGGAGGACUGGGGCUGGAAGUCCAGCACCCAGGGAAGAUCUGUCCUCCUGUUCUUGGGAAGCGUUGCCUGAUGGCUUCUCGGCUCUACCCUCACCCUUCUGGCCAAGAUCCCGCAGGGCAACAGCCCCAUCUGCUUGGCUGACCCCACACCCAGGGCCACUGUCCGGCUCUAACACAGCUAUUAAGUGCUACCUGCCUCUCAGGCACUCUCUUCGCCCAGUUUCUGAGGUCAGACGAGUGUCUGCGAUGUCUUCCCGCACUCUAUUCCCCUAGCCUCUUUCUGCUUUCAUGCUCAGCACAUCAUCUUCCUAGGCAGCCUCUUCCCCAAAGUCUCACCUUUUCUUCCAGUAGAAAAUUCCGCUUGACCUUUGGUGCAAUGCCCACUUCCCAGCUCCACUGGCCCAAGUCUGAGCCGGAGGCCCUUGUUUUGGGGGCGGCGGGAGAGUUGGAUGUGAUUGCCUUUGAAGAACAAGGCUGACCUGAGAGGUUCCUGGCGCCCUGAGGUGGCUCAGCAUCUGCCCAGGGUAGGCCUGGAAUGAGAGGUUAGGUCAGCCAACAUCAGCUACUUCUCUUGGGGCCCUCUCAGAGUCCAUCUCCCCGAGACAGGAAGGGAAAAGCAAAUUUCUAAUUCACCAGCAAUAAAAAUUGGAGGAGGCUUGGCCCUCAGCCCUUGCAUUUCUCUCUUUUUCACUCUCUCUUCCUCCCACCCCCAAGACUGAGUUUUGGGGGGCAAGGUGGAGAGAGCUGGCAACUACUGUGAGCAAGUCCCCUAGCCCCUGACCAGCCUCCUCCCAUGACUGGUGACUGUUUAAUGAGCUGUGCAUCCCCCACAAAAACAUGAGUGCCCCUCUGUGUGGCCUCUAACCCUCUGCACAGCCCUUCUGGGUGGUCCUCACCAGGUCUCUGAGCUGGGUGGGAGGCCAUCCUGGCAACCACUGCCCAUUCCAUUCACCCCUUACUGCACCUGCCCUAGAACCUGGGCCUAGGCCACAGGGGCAGGGAGAAGAGAAGGCAUUAGUAAGAAAAAAAUAGAAAAAAAUAUGAACAGACUCAGCUUUGGGACGUCCAACCACAAAAGAAAUUAUAUAUAAAUAUAUAUAAAUAUAUAUCUCUACCAUAUGUGAUGGAAAGACUUUUUGUUUUCCUUUCCCAAAGAAAUAAAAUGGAAAAAGCCUCUUGAGUGGUA